AUGGACCAGUCGGACCUGCUGGGGUUCCUUGUCAUCACCCUAAAUUGCAACGUGACCAUGGUGGGGAAGAUCUGGCUUAUCUUCAUGGUGCUGCUGAGGAUGGUGGUUCUCAUCCUGGCCGGGUCACCAGUCUACCAGGACGAGCAGGAGAGGUUCGUGUGCAAUACCCUGCAGCCGGGAUGUGCCAACGUCUGCUACGACAUCUUCGCCCCGGUGUCCCACCUGCGGUUCUGGCUGAUCCAGAGCGUGUCUGUUCUCCUUCCGUCCGCGGUCUUUGGCGUCUACGUGCUGCACAAAGGAGCUGAGUUGGCUGCACGCAGAUCCCACAGGCCAGAGGAUGCCUCGGAGGACCACGACGCCCCGGAGCUCACCCCCGGGGCCAGGCGCCGCCUGACGGUGCCGGACUUCUCCUCGGGCUACGUGGUCCACCUCUGCCUCAGGACCUUGACCGAGGCAGCUUUCGGUGCCCUGCAUUACCUCCUCUUCGGAUUCUUGGUCCCCAAGAGGUUCUCUUGCACGCACCCUCCUUGCACCAGCGUGGUGGACUGUUACGUCUCCCGACCCACGGAGAAGUCCAUCUUGAUGCUUUUCGUCUGGGCGAUGUGCGCGCUGUCCUUCCUGCUCACUGUCGCCGACCUGGUCUGCAGCGUGUGCUGGAAGACGCGAGGGCGACCCGGUGGGGCCCGGAGGAGACCGUGUCCAGGGGCAAGGGGUGCGGCGCCGCAGGGACGCGGGGCGCGGGAGGGGCUGGGGGUGCAUGAGGGACGCGGGGAGCACGCUCGCACGGGACUGGGGGCCCCGGGGCCGGGCGCGCACAGCCCCGCUGCCGAGCCCCCCGCGCCCGGGAGCCUGGAGCUGCCGGGGGAGGACGAGAGCGACGCGUUGUCCUCAGCCAGUGACCAGCCGCGCUUGGCCCGGCCUGGAGCGGCGGCCCCGGGGUGGGAAGAGCGCCCCUGUGCGCCGCGUGCCCCGCUCUCCGGCCCUGGCAAGUCCGAGUGGGUGUGA